CCAGUAGUGGGAGGUGUAUUAACUCGAGUUCCACUUCCGCGGCUGCCGCUCUCUCAAAAUCUCUCGAAACAAUGGCAGCAUUAACCCGCUUUACAAAACCCUCUUCAUUAUCCCUUUCUAACAUAUCCAGAGCUUUCUACUUUUAUUCUUCUUCUUCAGCCGACGUCGCUCACCACAAUCCUCAUCCUCAAAUCCACCAUUUAACCCGUAAAGAUCCAAAGGACAGGAAUGUUCAAUGGGUUUUUCUCGGCUGUCCAGGCGUUGGCAAGGGCACCUACGCCAGUCGUCUCUCGAAGUUUCUUGGUGUCCCUCAUAUUGCAACCGGUGAUCUUGUUCGCGAAGAACUCGCCUCCUCUGGUCCCAUGUCUCACCAGCUUGCUGAGAUUGUAAACCAAGGUAAGUUGGUUUCAGAUGAAAUCAUAUUCAACUUAUUGUCAAAGAGACUUGAGGCUGGGGAAGCCAAGGGGGAAUCAGGUUUUAUCCUUGACGGUUUUCCUCGAACAGUAAAACAAGCGGAAAUACUGGAAGGAGUAGCCGAUAUUGAUUUGGUUGUCAAUCUGAAGCUGCGGGAAGAUGUCUUACUUGAGAAAUGUCUUGGAAGGAGAAUGUGCAGUCAAUGUGGGGGAAAUUUCAAUGUGGCUUCUAUUAAUGUCAAGGGUGAAAAUGGUAACCCGGCUAUUAGCAUGGCUCCACUUCUUCCCCCAUCCCAUUGUAUGUCAAAGCUCAUCACCAGGGCAGAUGAUACUGAAGAAGUGGUGAAAGCACGACUUCGUGUAUACAAUGAAAAGAGUCGGCCUGUGGAAGAUUUCUACCGCGGUCAAGGAAAAUUGUUGGAAUUUGAUCUGCCUGGUGGAAUUCCUGAAUCCUGGCCAAAGUUGCUGGAGGCCCUAAAUCUUGAUGACUAUGAGGAGAAGCAGUCUGCUGCGGCAUAAACUAUUAAAGACAUAAUGUACUUUUUAAUAGUAAGUCUUGUUAUUCUUUGCAUGUAAAAAGAUUGCAUGCUUAUAAAUUUUGCAUGAGGAAGAGAAAGAAAUUUUAUUACCUUUCUUGAAUUAAAAUAAUUAAGAUCUAACCAUCCUUUAGAUCACAAACAAUGCCUUGUUGGGCUACAGUAUCUUCAUAUUAGAAAGAUUUUUUUGCUGCAAUUUGACAGAGAGGGAGAGAGUAGUCAUCACCACAUUAUUUUUUAUGGUAACAAUAAGAGUUCUGACAGUGGAGAUUGAUAUAAUGAUACUGUGUUGCUAGUUAUAAGUUAUGACAAUACUGUAUUGCUGUAACUGAAUAUCAUGGUUACAGAAUUGAAUUGUUUUUUGAA